AUGAAACAGCAGCUAUCCAUCCUAGGAAUUGCGAUUACAGCAGCGAUACUCUAUGUCGACGCAUCAAAAGACCCUGCCAUGCGGGAGAAAGACCUUCCGAACGUUGUAGCUUCAGAGACGAAUCCCACCGCGCCCUUGGAAAUCAGGGACUCCAAGGGCCCGCUAAAAAAAAAGAACCUGCUUGCAGAAAAAGGUAGUUUCCUCUACAGGCUAGUGCAAAGACUCGGCCUGUACGCCAGGAAUGCACUUCUAUCGAGUGUGAAGCCUAUUUCCACAAAAGCAGUCCGGUACGACCCCGCCGACUACAGCGACGAGGGCAGCGAGGACAGAACCUCCGACCUGCUAUCCACCGACAGAGAAAUAAAAACUUCAGAGAAUCCUCUUAACUCCGGAUGUAACCCGUAUGAUGCUCCUCCAAAGCCCAAGAAAAAGGAGGAGUACAGGAUUAGCAAGUUUCAUCCUUCUUUUAUUCCGUACAGCGGAAAUGUAGCUGAAUUUUCUCCCCUCCCCGGGACACGUCCUGCCCGGAAAAAGUCCUCGAUCGAGGAGGGCUUCUUCGAGAACUUUGAAAGCCACAUUGGAAAUGUCUACAACAAAAAGAAGUUCGUGAAAAAGGGAAUUGAAAAUGCGAAGAAAAACCUCCUCGCACAGGCAAGACUUGCAAGGGCGUACACCUCCGCAGCUGCCCAUAAGACACUCGGGGCUUUUGAGAAUACGCUGCGAUCUUCCCAGCUUCUCUCCGACCUUGUGAAGAAGGGCCUUGUAACCUCCGGGUCUGCUGCUAAGGAACUUACGAAGUCCAUGAAGGACGUAGCCUCGGAGUUAGUCGAUGCAAAUGCAAGGAACAUAAAGGGGGCUUCAAACUACCUCCUGCAGACGGCAGUGGGCUCUGUGAAGGGAAUUGUCGAUGGAAUAAAGGAGUCUCCAAGUGCCCUGCAGAAUAUGCUGAAGACUUACAAGGGGGUCUUUACAAGCCCAAAGUUCAACCUGUUCAAGAACCUUCCAUCUAUAUCUGGGUCCAUGGAUAUAGAGAUGGCGAGACUGCAGGAAUUUCUGCAUCCUCAUCACAAGAAGCCCAUGGGAUCAGUGUGGUCUUCCAUGCUCAGCGCAGUUGGAUCGAUAAAGAAGCAGUGGAAAAGUCUUGGAAUGUCUUCCCUCUUCAGCAGCCAGGAGGAGAGGUAUAAGACCAGAUUUUUAUCCCUGACUGAAGACCUUGCUAGGACCCUGGAUGCCCUGACCAGCCGAAUGGGGAGAGGGGUUAAGCUGCAGAUUCCUGGGGUAGAGUCUCUUCGCUACAGGUUUAAGUGCAUUUUGGACGAGCUGAAGAAAAAGACCAGCCUCACAAUAAGCGGAAAACUUGGCUUUAAGUCCCUCCUGGACUACAGUAUGGGCGUGUUCUCAGAGCUGAAGGAGAUAGACAAGUCUAUUUUGGGCCUGAUUCCAAAGGGCUUUUCCAAUACGUACAACGGUCUUUUUGAUGAUACCAGCUUCACCAACCCACUGCCCUCUUUCUCAGGGUUUGGCAGCAUGGGAGAAAGAGCUCUAAACAGUCUGAAAGACUCCAAAUGUGCGCUGAAAAAGCUUCUAUACUGUUGA